CUAUCUAUCUAACUGUCUGUUUGUCCAUCCAUCCAUCCAUCUAUCUAUCUAUCCAUCCAUUCGUCUAUCUGUCCGUCUGUCUGUCUGUCGUUCUCUCUAUCUGUCGAUAGCUCUAUUAAUCCAUCCAAUAAAAGCCGGUUGUAUUCCACGGUGAAACAUGUCCUUCAGUUAAUAUUUUCUAUAUGUUGUGAUUAAUUUUGAGUGUGUUUGCAGGGCAGAAUUGCAUUAUGGGAUGUUGAUCUGUGCUCUGUCCUCUUCUGAUGGUGAAAAUUUCAACUCUACAGUUUACAAUUCAACUAUAUUUAUCUGUCAGUGUCAGUACAUCAGUCUUGAGGAUAUCUAUAGUCUGAGGGCUCCAAAACGAUGAGAGAAUUUACAUUCAGAAGAUAUAAACAUCCAAAGUUUGCAGUUUUUUUUUUUUCAAAGUCACAUAAUGCAAUUGAAAAUCAUUAAUAACAAUAACUGUAAUUUUACCAAUAUUCUUGACAGUGUAGGACCGUUAGCAGAUGCUUUAAUCAGUCAUUAGUUAAUUUGCUGUACACCCAGUGUAAAUAAUUAAAUGAUCAUCCUCUUACUCUCCUUCUGUUUAAUAAAACUAAUAACUCAUCUUUUUUUCAGACAGUAUCUGUGCCUGCAUCUCGUCUCAGCGUCCUGUUUAUGACCAAGCGUGGCUGAUUAACCUGUUUCUCUGCGAACAAUGUGACGUUUUCAGAGCACGAAGGAAGCCAGUGGUGACCAUUUUAGCCGCUGGUUUCCCCACCCUGACGGAAACUCUUGCUUCAUAUCAAAAUAAUCUUCUUUAUCAUGUAGUGUCAGUGUGUCUAACAGUGAGUACAGGAGCUGCAGCACUAUGGAUGUGAUCUCGAAAGAGGGCCCGCUGUUCCUGCAGGGCGUCAAGUUUGGGAAGAAGAUCUGGCGUAAGUCAUGGCUGGUCCUCCUGGAGGCGGGUCCUGCAGGCGUGAGCCGUCUGGAGCUGUGGGACCUGCGGGACGGAGGAGGCCGGAUGGGCUUCGGGAUUAGCAGACCGGCAGGGUUUAAGAGGACGGAUAAGCGAGUGAUUCGGCUGUCGGACUGUCUGAGCAUCACCCCGGCUCCAGCAGAGAGCUGUCCCACAGACUGCUCCGCUUUCUUCCUCAACACCACCUCCUGCACCUUCACCAUCGCUGCACCCCAACGGGACGACUGGCUGACAGUGCUCUGCCGGCUGGCCUUUCAGAAGAGCCGGAGCAGCGAAGACAGCAGGAGAGUCCAGAAAGACAAAUACCUGCCGCUGGCCGACAACGAGCUGUACUCCACCUGGGGAACAGGUCAGUUCCAGGUGUGUGUUCAGAGCACAGAAUCGUCUCAGAGACUCAGGCUGUCUGGAUAUUACCUGCUGUCGGCCGAUAAAGAGACGGUCAGUCUGCUGGACCUGAGGACUGGAGAGCCCAUCCAGCGCUGGCCAUACAGACUGCUCAGGAGAUUCGGCCCAGUCAAGGGCGGCAUCAUGAUCGAGGCGGGCCGCCGCUGUCCCAGUGGCGAGGGUCAGUUCAUUUUCCAGUCCAAACAGGGAUCUCAGAUACACCGAGCCAUCGAGGACGCAAUAAUGCACCAGAGCGUCCAGGAGCUCCUGGCACAGGCCUCCGCUAUUCCACAAGAGCCCAAAAACAGACCUGAGGUCAGCAAACCUCCUGCUAUUCCACAAGAGCCCCAAAACAGACCUGAGAUCAGCAAACCUCCUGAGGUCACCGUUAAUCCACAGCGUCCAGCAAUACACUGCAAGCGCGGACAGCAAAUACACAAGGCCAUCAAAGAAGCGCUCGCAUUGCCAUCAUACACACCUCAACCACCACCCUCACCAAAACCCAAAGCACAAGUCAAGGAGGUCAAGAGAGAGAAACCGUGUCCACCGGUGCGACCAAUAAACAAAUAUCACAACACCCAAAAACUGACCCCUCCACCACCACCACCGCCACCACCAUUACCAAAAAACAGACCGCCAGACUGGACCAAUGUGCUGAAAAACACUGAUGAUCCUCGCAGGAACAUCUCUCUUCCUGACCCUCCAGCGUGCAUCAGGAGCUCUGUGAGCAGUCCGGAUGAUGUUUUAUAUUCUGUGAUUUUCCCCCAAGCCAAACCCAGAGAGGUUAUCAACCUCCCAGCUCCUCCUGCGAUGCAAACAUAUGAGGAAAAACCAUCUGAAGGUUGUUUUACUGAAGAGGAGGAGACUCCAUACACUAACCUGAGCUCUGUUGAACGCAGCAUUGAGGAUCUGUACAGUACAGUCAAUUAUGCGGCCAAGCGUAAAAACAGGCAGGCUGAAGAAAGCAGUGAGAUGCCGGCUGAUUUCAAGCAGACCCUGUCUAGUCUUCUGUCUAAAGAGCUGGGGAAGACUCCUCCUGUGUUUCCGGGCAGGUCGUAUGGAGGAAGUUGCGAUGGGUUGGACAGAUUUGAUGAACUGAUGACUGAUUGAAAGUCAGGUCAGAGAUGCCAUAAAUGCAAGUACGCAGAAGUGGGUUAUUUUCUCUCACCUUGUGAGACUUCCUCGUAAUGGGCUAUAUGGAUGAUUAGGGUUUUCAGGCACAGAUAAACUUCUGGUCAAAGGUUUAUGUGACUAUUUUUGAAAGAAACCAGACCCUAAACUUGGUGAUUUAAUAAUACAAUGACAAUUGACUAGAAGUGUGAAGCCUGAACAUUAAACGUCCCUCUGCAUAUAGCCUGCUAUGCAUUAUUAUCAAUUUUUUAAAAUAAUAAUUAACUUUACUGAAAGUAAGUAAAGUGUAUAACUGUAAAUGUUUAUGGAUGUAAAGAUUCACUGAACUCAAUUGUAUUUAAUGUACAGUUCUUGCUACUAACAAAUCAGUAAUCAUGACUUGUUUGCUCAACAGUUAUUAAAGAGAUAUAAUUAAUCCAAAAAUGA